UAUUUGUCAUUUAGACAGCGUGGCGAGAGGUUCGCCACUGGGUGCUUGUGCUGUUGCAGAGAGAAGACUCCGGGAAAUUCUGGGAAGAUAGUGUGGAAAUUGUGCGUGAAAAUGUCGGUGAAUCUGCGAACGGUGUAUGCAUUUGCACGGGAAAUGUACCCGAAGAAGGUGAAGGGAGACAUUCAGUAUGGAACUGCGGGAUUCCGGACAAAAGCAGAAAAUUUGGAUUAUGUAAUGUACCGGAUGGGAUUGCUGGCAACACUGCGAUCUCGCCUGAAGGAUGGUGCUGUAAUUGGGGUGAUGAUCACGGCAUCGCACAAUCCCGAACCCGACAAUGGGGUGAAGCUCGUUGACCCAUUGGGGGAGAUGCUGGAGGCACGAUGGGAGAAGUUGGCCACGAGGUUGGUCAAUGUGAGUGAUCAGGAGCUUGAGAGUGAGAUUGCAGCCGUGAUUAGGGAGGAGAAUGUUUGCAUUUCCGCCAAAUCAACGGUUUUCGUGGGCAUGGAUAAUCGCUACCACAGUCCCCGACUCCUCAAGGCUGUGUGCGAUGGGGUGGUGGCUCUCAAGGGGAGCGUUAAGGAUUUUGGGAUUCUCACAACGCCAAUGCUGCACUACCUCGUGGUGGCGGCUAAUACGCGCGGGGGCUACGGGGUGCCCACAGAGGAGGGGUACUACAAGAAGAUCAUCACGGCUUUCCAGAAUAUCCGCGGGACGACGUACACACGGGGAAACUACACAAAUCGCGUCUACUUUGACGGUGCCAACGGUGUGGGGGCGCGAAAGAUGCUCCAAUUCCUCAAACGCAUGGACAGUGGGCUGGAUGUUGUUGUCUUCAACAGUGGCGAAGGGAAGAUUAAUCACGAGUGUGGUGCUGAUUAUGUGAAGGUGCAGCAAAAAGCUCCGGCGGGAAUGCCGGAAAUUGAGGCAAAUGGACGCUGUGUAUCGGUGGAUGGGGAUGCAGAUCGCGUUGUUUACUUCUUCACUGAUGAGAAUAACUGCUUCCACCUGUUGGAUGGUGAUCGAAUUGCCACCCUUGUGGCUGACUACCUCAUGGAACUCGUGCGUGCGUGCAAUAUUAACCUACGAAUGGGUUUGGUGCAGACAGCCUAUGCCAAUGGGGCAUCAACGGACUACAUUGAGCACCAGCUGCGUGUCCCAGUGGCGUGUGUGCCAACGGGUGUGAAGCAUUUGCACCAUAAAGCUCUCGAGUACGAUAUUGGGGUGUAUUUUGAGGCCAAUGGCCAUGGGACUGUGAUCUUCAGCCAAAAUGCCAAGGAGAUCAUCAAGAAGGCAGCUGAGGAUGAAAAGUUAGUUAAUUUCUCGUCAAUUUUUAAAGUUUUUUCUUUAAAGAAUUUUUUUUUUUGUAGUUUGAAUGAAGAGCAACGAAGUGCAGCAAAGACAUUCUUGCAAAUAAUUGAUCUCAUCAAUGAGACUGUUGGUGAUGCCAUUUCGGACAUGCUCCUCGUGGAGACGGUACUCCUGGCCAAGGGAUGGUGCCUCAAGGAUUGGGUGAAUACCUACGCGGAUUUGCCGAAUUUGCAGCUCAAAGUUUCCGUUGCGGAUCGCAAUGUUAUAACCACAACAGACGCUGAGCGUAUCUGUGUGACCCCCGAAGGGCUUCAGGAGGAGAUUAACAGCUUAGUGGCAAAAUACCCACGAGCUCGAGCCUUUGUGCGACCAUCUGGCACUGAGGACGUGGUUCGUGUGUACGCAGAGGCGGAAAGUAAGGAGGACACGGCAGUUUUGGCGCAUGAAGUUGCAGCUGCGGUCCACCGUUUAGCCGGAGGGGUUGGGAAUUCACCAGAAAUUCCGCGACAAUUCCUAAAUUCUCACUACUAAAUGGGGCAAGGUAAGAGAAAUGUUUUUUUUUCUUGGCAUAUUCAACACGGAUUUGGGGAUUUCUGGUGGAUAUAUCUGGGUCCAUAACUAACUAUCCUUCCCUCUUUAAAUGGGAUUGUGAUCCCAACAACUGCCAUCUAUCAAAAAUUUUAUUUUUUCUUUGUCAUUACUGACUUCUAAAUUGAAUUUCCCCCAAAAUAGGAUUUUUUUCCUAAAAAAAAAAGAAAUUAAAUUGACAUGAAAAAGGGACUUUUGUUACCCAAAAAAAAAGGAUAAAUUCUUCAAUCUAAAAGGCCACAAAUUAACCAUAAAGUAUCCUCCAAGUAAACAGGUUGAGCCAAUAAAUGAUGCAUAAUUGAUCAAUAUUUGAUAAGUCAAUUCAGUCAGUCAAUCGAUUGAUCUGUUAUUGAGCAAAAAUUGAUCAAUCUCAAUUUAUUCUCUAUGCGGAGUUACAUUGAUAAUAUCAAUAUUGAGCCAAUUUCAUCUCAAUCAAUAAUUGAUCAACUAUUGAUCAAAUAUUGUGGCAUAUUCUGCUACGAAAAAAUCUUUGAAAUUUCAAGAAUUUGUUCUGGAGUUUCAUAGUUUUCUUGGUCGUUGUUGCCUAUCAAUCUGAUUGAUCAAUAAUUGAUCCUCUAUGCGGACUUAUUCUGACUCAAUAUUGAGCUGAAUAAUUGAUCAACUAUUGCCCAAAUAUUGGGGCAUAUCUGCGACCGAGACCCCUUGAAAUUUUUGAAAUUUGUACUGAAAUUUCAAGAUUUCAAGAGAAUUUGUUCUGAAAUUUCAAGGUUUUCUUGGUCGUUGUUGCUAUCAAUAUGAUUGAACAACUAUUGAUCAAUUAUUAUCAAUCAAUCACUGAUUACCAAAAAAAAAUGUCUAUCAACGUGAUUAAUCAAUAGCUGAUUAACUAUGCGGACCUACAUUGACUCAAUAUUGAGCUGAGUAAUUGAUCAACUAUUAAUCAACUAUUGAUCAAAUAUUGGGGCAUAUUCUGCGACGAAGAAAUCUUUAAAAUUCCAAGAGUUUGCUCUGAAAUUUCAAGGAUUUCUUGGUCACAGAAUACAACUCAUUUUUGUUAAUCAAUCAGAUUGAUGACCAAUUGAGCAAUAAUUGUCUAUCAAGAAGAUUAAUCAAUAUUUGACCAUUUAUAUGGACCUACAUUAACUCAAUAUUAACCCCAAUAAUUGUUCAAUUAUUGGCAAAAUUCGUUUACUGGGCAAUUAAAUUAGAUUUUUGAAUAAGACAUGUUCAGAUCAUCUCCUUUAUAGCAUCUCUCCCCAAAAUAGGGACAAACACCAUCAUUUUUAUUAAAAUUAGAUAGAUGUUGAAAAAUCUUUGCCAAUUGCUUGCAUUUUCUAAUGAAAAAACAAAGAAAAUUCUCUCCAAGAGACUUUUUUCUAGGAAUCAAUUGAGAUUUCUUUAGAAUUAUAAAAGAACAUAUUGUAAUGAUAAAAGAAAUAUUUUACUAGCGUACGUUUACCAAAUCUAAUCGGGUAAAAGUUUAUUAUUAUAUUUAUUUAGUCAAAGUUCUUUUUUUUAAUUAAUGAAAAAUACUAAUUUUUUGAUUUUUUUUAUGAAGAAAAUGACUUUUUUUUUGUUCCCCUGAGGAUUUUUUUAAAAAAUGUUUUCUUUUUUAAUUUGUAAUUGAAAAGUAGAAUCGGAAACUUUUGUGCAACAUUCCCGAAAGAUAGGAAUAACGUGUGAGCGAUAGUUUUGAGAUGUUUGUUUUUUUUUUCAUUCUUAUUUAAGCACCCACUUAACUCAUAAUUUUUAUAUAAUUUUUUUUUUCUAUAAAAUGGAAUUUGAUGCAGAAAUUUAUAAUGUUGAAUCAUAAUAAAUUAUUAAUAAAUAGAGAAGAAA